GUGUUGUCAAAAAAAUUCGAUUGUGUAUUUUGGUUUUAUUUUAACAUCAGUCAAUGGUUUCAUUAAUUUUAAUUUUGCAGAAAUAAAACCUUCAUUUAUUCCCCUAAACACAUACUUUUCUCAAGUUGAACUGAGAUUGCACACAUGCUAAUGGAUAAGUGAUUGCUGAAAAGCAUUUUGCCAGGCUUGUUCUUCGACCAUGAAAUCGAGCAAACGAAGACUCCAGGCGCUCACAGAAGGAUCCGAUGGAAUGCCGAAUUAUCUCAAGAUGGAAGACUCUGAGACGUCCAUUCCGCCAGUAUUCAGAUCUCGACUGCACGAACUGUUUUCGCAGAUAGAAAAAGAAUUUGACCUUCUUUACACUGAGAAUCUAAAUCUACAAGAGAAAAUAGAUAUAUUGAGUGAGAAGUUGGAGAGAGAGAGCUAUGUAGGGGACAGACAGAACUUGGAUUACAUUGAAUUUGAAACCAGCGGAAAGAACUCCAAAGUGAAAUUGUCACAAAGCAAUUCUCAAAAAGUCAAAGCGAGUCACAAGCUUCGAGUGCAAACAAGCAAAAUUGUAUCCAGUUUCAAAGCUCCGACAUACAACUGCCAGCUCGUCAGAGAGUUCACCGGACACAAGGAUGGCAUAUGGGACGUCUCUACUGCCCGACCGGGACAGGCGCUUAUUGGAACAGCAUCUGCAGAUCACACCGCCUGUGUUUGGAGUGUGGAGUGGGGAAAAUGCCUCUUACAGUACACAGGCCACCAGGGUUCUGUGAACUCAAUCCGUUUUCACCCAUCCCGUGACAUUGCCCUCACCAGCAGUGGCGACAAUACUGCUCAUGUAUGGCAAGCUGCUGUCAAUUGGGAUUUGCCGCGUGGUCAAUCCUCCGAAGAGGAACUCGAAGGUGGUGGUGAAGAGAGCCUGGGAGAAGGUGGCGAGAGGCCAGAGGUGCUCCGCACUCCUCUCACAGAGCUGACAGGCCACCAAGGUGUGGUGGUGGCCGCCGACUGGCUCACGGGCGGCGAUCACGUCAUCACUGCCUCUUGGGACCGCACGGCCAACUUGUAUGACGUGGAAACUGGGGACUGUUUGCAAGUUCUUACAGGCCACGACCACGAGCUGACGCACGCGUCGGCCCACCACAGCUCGCGUCUGGUGGUCACGGCGUCUCGGGACACCACUUUCCGUCUGUGGGACUUCCGCGAGCCGAUCCACUCGGUGUCCGUGUUCCAGGGACAUACUGAGAGUGUAACAUCAGCAGUAUUUACGCGAGAAGACAAAGUCGUGUCUGGUUCUGAUGAUCGAUCUGUGAAGGUAUGGGACGUCCGCAACAUGCGCUCAGCCCUAGCCACGAUCCGUUCGGACUCGUCGGUCAACCGGGUCGGCGUGAGCAGCGGCGGGCUCAUUGCCAUCCCGCACGACAACCGCCAAGUCCGGCUGUUUGAUCUGCAAGGCCAGAGGCUGGCCAGACUUCCGCGCUCUAGCAGACAGGGUCACCGCCGCAUGGUGACGUCGGUUUCGUGGGCCGAAGACAUAUCUUCAAACAUUAACUUCUUCAGCUGCGGUUUCGACCGCCGCAUCCUCGGCUGGUCCAUCCAGCCCUCCAAGGAGAACUGAACCUUAAUCCUAGCACCCAAAGGCACGUUAUCGCUAGUUAACUCUGUACAGGUAUAUUAUCCUCGAUUAUUUAAACAUUGUAGUCUGUAACGCGGAUUGGAAUUCAGCUUUUGACUUGUACUAAAGAUACUAUUUCUUGAAAGUAUGGGUGAUUGUGAAAUCUAUUUGGAUCUUCUCUUGCUCAGACGCUUAUGGAUUGAAUUACAUAACAAUUUAUUUGUGUUGGAGUAGAAACGCAUAAUUAUUAUCAUAAUAACAAUAGCGUACCACCCAGAAAUGUGACACGUUGGGAGCAGUAUGGUACUAGGCUUUAUAAUACACCAGAAUCUCCCAUUCUUCGGAAUUGAUUUUGAAAUAUCCGUCACUCUCACUCACCUUGGGUGCAGGUAUGAGUGAGAGAAACGAAAAUGGUUUUCAUUCGAAAAAUGUUAUAAGUAUACUUAGUAUUGUACUGCAAAUCCCAGUCGCGCAAUAUUGUCCCCAAAUAAGUAUUGUGUGUUAAAAAUAAACAGAAGUUUGAGAGUAUGUAGAUUAUUAUGCAAGAAUAUUAAAUUAACGAAUAUCGUAUUAACAACUAUAUUUUAAUAUUGCAUGCAAUUUCUCAUUCUCAUUUUCUAUGUUUCUUUAGUGUCUUUGACUAUAUUUCUUGCAAACAAUGAUUAAUUAUUACACCUACGAAUAUAAAGCACAAAGGUAACAGAUUGUUGUCUACUUUAAGUAUAUUGUUGGUUUUUAGUAGUUUAUUAAUGUUCUAGAUUCGUUUGUUCGUCCAUGAUACGGUAGUAUAUUUAAAUUACGUGGGUUGUUGGUAAUGUAUUCAUAAUUUUAAGCACCGGACCACUGGUUUCGGUUCACUAAUCAUUUUAUUAGAUGUGAUUUUAUCGAUUAAUAAACAAUAUAAUUAUAAUUGUAUAGCUGGUUGGUAAUUGCGUGUUUUUAAUUACUGUAUGCCCACUCCAAGGUGAUUAAAUUUUAUUUCAUACCUUGUUUAACUCGAACAAUUUUAUCGUACUAUUUUUAAAGUUUUACAUUUCAACUUUAAUCAAGAUUAUGUAUUGUGAUCGUGAAACACUCAAUUUCUUUUUACUAUUUUAUGGCUUAUGUUGUAAUUCUAUUAUACUGUUUAACAAAAAGAACAUCUACUGUCCUAACUCUGUAUCAACGUAUUAUUAAUGUAACAUAUCUUUAGGAGUACCAGUGUGUUACUUAACUAUGUAUUAAAAUCUAUUGUCUAGCUAGUCAGUUCAUUUCAUAGGCCAAAGAUAAUUCCCAUGCUCUUUUUAGUAUUUCAUGAAUCUUUUUGACUGUUCAUGCAUACAUAACUAGAAUCGAAAACAUCACAUAUCAGCUAACAGAUUUUGGUUUGGAAGAUAUGGUAAUAUUUAUGGUAUUGCUUGCUUAGCAUAUUUGCUGUCGAAUAUUAAUAUUUAAAACAUGGUUUAUUAAAAUAAUAAAUGUAAAUAGGUAUUGGUUUCAUUGGCUAUGUUAUGGUUGUGCCAAAAGAUUGCUAAACAUAUUAUGGUAUGUAUUAAUACAUGUUAUUCUUAUUUUAAUUAUGCAAAGUAUUAUAUUGUAUGUGCACAGAAAACAAUUUGUUCAGAACUUUGUAUAGAAUUUGGAAAAUUUUAUGCACUAACUAUGAAUCCACCCUUUGUAGACUUUUUUCAUCUUCUAAUUUCUUAAACAGAUUAAGAGCUCUUUAAGAUUGGCGUUUUUUCAGUGUUCGUAAGCUUGUAGUAUCACAUCUUCUAAAAUUACACAGUGUAUUUCGCAAAUGAAACAUCACGAGAGCCUCCUACAUGUACGUAAGUACGCGAGCCACAUAGGAGCCUUCGCGUGAAUCAGUAUUUUUUUACUAUAACAUAUUCCUUUGGAUUAUUUGCACAGAAAGAACGCUAAUCCGAAAGAGCCUUUAAGUUCGUCCCCAGUUCUCAUAUGAAUAAGGAUUUUAGACACACUUUUUUAGGUUCUAGUCACGUAUUUUGUUUUCAGAUGUCUUUUUUUAGAUUUUCUUGAUCAAGUUUGUCCAUUCCAAAUGCUGUGUCAUCCAUAUCCUUAAAAGUUUUUCGGCUUAUAUUAUUUAAUCAUAGCAAAGUUUACACAAUAAUUGAGUAAAUUGUUUUAUUUAAAUUGUAUAAUAUCAAAGAUCUAUAGAUACUUAUUUUACUAUAAAAUUAUCAUAUUACUAGUAUUGUGGUGUCCGUAUCCAUGUAGUGUAAUAAACAUGUUUAAUAAAUAUCUAUGCAUAUAUUUAUGUAUAAGUGAUGAAUGAUAAUAAUUAUAAUGGAACUAUCACUCGUUGAAUACCUUCUAAAAUGAUCUGAAUAUUUUUGUUAUGCCGAUUAUGGUAUGAAAUAUAUGAAUGGUAAAAAA